AUGCUUAAAACGCCUAAAGCCCUAGGUAUAAGACACAGUAGCUCUAUUACAGAGGGGGGAUCCCAACAAACCGAUCGUCUAGCGGGUGAAGAAAUGAUCGAUCAGAGGCAAAUGGAAGCUGCGCCGAAGCAACACGAAUUGAUAUUGCAGGGACUUGAAUUGAGAGCCCAACAGAAGCAGUCACGGAUAUUACAUACCUACCUACGCUGCAAUAGCAGAGCCUUUUUGAAGCUAUCCUCGUUCCCACCAUCAUCAGCAUCUCUCUCUCUCUCUCUCUUUCUCUCUCCCUUCUUCUCUCCUCUCUUCUCCAACCGCUACCCGCACCGAAACCCAGCCACAACAUUGCCUCCGGCGUUUAUUCCCGCCAUUGAUCUUGACCCCUGCGUGCCUGCGUGUGUACUUGCUUGGAUUGAUGGGCCGCACAUGCAAUCACAUGCCAUGCAUCGCCAGACGCUCGCCAACCGUCAAUCGCCUUCGGCCCCCCUCGGACCAGCAGCACUUGCACCACCGCUGCCGCCACGACCUCGCACUCGCCUGCCGCCCAUCAGCGCAAUCACGUCGAUUCCCUCGAUUGCUUCGACUCCCUCCAUCGCCCCCGUUGCAGCAUCGAGCGGCGCUGGUCUGCGGCCACUGAAUGCGCCGUCAUCAGCAGCAUCAUCGGCAUUAUCAGCAGCAUCACCAGCAUCAUCAUCAUCAGCAGCAGCAUCUUCAUCAGCAUCAUCACCCUCGACGCUCCUCCCCAGUCCCCCCAAUCCCUCGCAGCAGCGCCUCGCCUCCUCCUUCUCCUCCUCCUCCUCCUGCUCGCCCUCGUCCACCGCCGCCGCCUCGUCCAUGCAAAACCAUCGCCAGAUCCCCAGCCCGUCCGACACCGACCGGCUCCCCCCGCUGGUGCACCAUGACGGCGACAGCACCGUCUUGCCGUCGCUGAGCAGCAUCACCGGCGACGUCGCCAUGCGCGGCGGCGACGACCAGCACCGCCACUCGCAGCAUCCUCACAACCCGCAGCAUCUUCACGGCCUCCCCAGCAUCCACAGCCCCCCGCCGCUGCACUCGAACCAUUGGCCGUCGCCCUUCAAUGGGCCGCUCAACAACUCGUAUCGACAACCGCCGCCGCCGCCCUUCCACGCCCCCGACAGCCCGGCGACAGCCAUGGACAUGGACGGCUCUGCAAGCGUUGCCAGUGCGGCAUCGCCAUCGCCAGAUCGCAUCUACGACGGGACGCCGACGCCCAGCAGCCUCACGCUCGACGAUCCAGACGUGCGGCUUGCAGCUGAGGCGCUGGGCGACCUGCGCGCCGACUUUGUAUCAUCGCCGCCCGACACCUCCUCGCUGCCGCCCAUGAGCCCGCCCAUUGCGCCCUUCCAGCUGCAGCAGACGAAGCCAAAGUCGCCCAAACCCGAGCCGCUCCUGUCUCUCCUCACAACCGCCCAUCCCCUCGUCGCCUCCACCAUUGGCGGCGCCAGUUCGGCCUACGGCGGCGCAAAGAACUUCUCCCCGCGAUUCAAGACUGGCGCCGAGUAUGUCGAGGGCUACUUGACCCCCAUCGCCAACACCGUCAACUCCGUGGGUAGGGUCACGGGCGUCGAGGGCGGUGUUCGAUGGUUCCUAGGCGCGGGCCGUCGCCAUCCAGCACCCACCUCGGAUCCCGACUCCAACGGCUCCAACAAGAGGCGGAGGACGGGCGAGGGCAGCAGCAGCAGCAGCGCCGCCAACGGCGAUGUCAAUGGGUCGCCUGUCAUCAACGGCCUCGACGACUUGUCCUCGGCCGCAUCAAAGACGCCUCGCCGCCUGUCGACCGCCAGCACGCGGUCUCCCGCCUACUCGGAAACCGCGCCCGCAAGUCACAGACCCCCGAACAGCAGCCAGCCGUGGCAGACCCGCCUGAUGAUGUCCACGUCUGGGUUGAGCGUUGCCAUGAGCGCCGAGAGCCUCCGCAGUCUCAAGUACUGCUUGCGCUGGCUUCGAUGGACCAACGAUCACAUCGACCGGGCCAUUCUCAACUUGAAGCACGCAUUGGAGGAGUAUGAAAAGGCAGAGAGGAAGGAACAGUCUGAAGGAGGGCCGUCCACCGAGAACCCAAGCGUGGCCGAAGCCAUGGAUGUGGAUGGCGCGGACAAGGAGCAGAAGCCCAACCCGUCACGGAGCGAGAUCGCCGCGCGCAUCAACAGCCUCAAGGGCGACAUUGUCAAGACGCUUCAGGACGUCAUCAACAACGUGUCCAAGUACGCCGGCGGCGCGCUCCCCGAGAACGCGCGGGUGCUUGUUCGCCGCCACCUGACCAGCCUGCCUCAGCGCUUCCGCCUGGCGACCAUGUCUGAUAGGCAGUCGGAGAAUGCCAACAGGGACGGCGACUCGGCGCUGCGUGACGGCGCGCAAAAGGUGCUGGUGCUGGCCAAGGAGGGCCUCGACAUGGUGACGCAGGUCACGGGUGUCUUGGACGGCACGAUUGUGAGCGCCGAGCAGUGGUGUGAGAGGAUGGGCAAGAGGCGGACCGAGGACAGGGAUGAGGAGCAGGAGGCGGCUUCGUCGAGGCAGCGAACCGAGUUUGGCAGCGACGUGAAGACGGCUUAG